AUGGCGACCAGCAUUGCUGCUUCUGAACAGGCCACCACACUGACUUCUGUGUCCAUUGCGAGCCCUUCGCAACCUCAAACCACGGAGCCCACUUCCACGGGUAUGAACAUGGCCAACCACCGCACUCCAUCUCGUCGACUGUCCCUUGCCUUGCCUACAACUGACUUGUGUUCUCACCAGAGCUCGCCUAUAAAACCUUUCCGUCGGCCUAUCAGCACGCAGCGUGAUAUUGUGGCUUGA